AUGGGGAGCAAGGGAGGCGCUGCGCCACCGCCGUCGUCGGUGGUCUGUUGCAUGUGCGGCGAUCGUGGGCUGAUGCAGGAGCUCUUCCGGUGCAAGCUCUGCCUUGUGAGGUCUCAGCACAGAUACUGUAGUAAUUUCUAUCCCAAAGCUGAAUCCUACCGGACAUGCAAUUGGUGUCUAAGGGAGGAAGGAGAGAGGUCUCUUCCCAAAGAAGCCAUGAAGGACACCAACAGAUUGGUCUCUUCUUCCAGUAACAACGACAGCAGCAAUGACUCAGGAGCAAGUAAGCUCCAUCGAGGAGACUUCUCGUCGCAGCUCAACAAGCCUAUCAAGAAGCCCAGGCUGCUGGACUGGUCGGCGUCGGAUGUCACCGACCGGGUCUGGUCGGGAGAGCUGUCGUCGGGCUCGGGAAGGGCAAGGCAAGUCCUGAGGGGCAAAGCCAGAAGGUAUAAGCUCUUGGAGGAGGUCUCCAGCUAACUGAGCGCAGCCUGCGACAGAUCUGCUGGCUCAUCUUCUCUUAAUGAUCCCAGAGAGGAGCUUUCUACUGUUGUUUGAGUGCUGGUCUCUCUCAUCUUUGACAAACGGAAGCCGGAAAGCAGUUUUCAUCAUAAUAGAAUAUGAAUCUGCCAUAUAAAUA